UCGUUCCCGCAAGCUAACUUGGCAGAUAUACAUCCCCGAGCUUAUACUGCGGCUGCAUGUCAUGAUCUACGCAUCUCGAGAGCAUAUCCCAGACAAUUUAAAGCGCACAUUGGAGCUUGCCAACAUUAUUUCUGAUUCAAGGUACAAACUGUAUGAUGAUUUCUUACAUAUUGAUGGCCGGUCGUGGCUCGUCCCCUUCUAUGUAGCAAGGAUGAUAUGUAGGAUGUAGGAUGAAGCAUGAUCUCUCUGCAUCAUGUUUCAUGCAAAGCGCCUUAGUAGCCGCAGAGAACGAUAUUAUCAAAGAAAGAGUUACGCC